AUGAGCACCGAGGCUGCGAAUGGGAACAGGCCGCGCUGGACGAAUCAACUCGAUUUUAUCCGAAAAGAAAUACUGGUGAAAGUGCAGAAGCACCAGCAUGCAUGGCCAUUCCAGAAACCCGUUGAUCCAGUCAAGCUCUCCCUUCCGGACUAUUAUGACGUCGUUAAAAAGCCCAUGGACUUGUCGACGAUCAGGAAAAAGUUCGACACUUAUCAGUACAACUCUGGAGCGGAGGCGCUAUCCGACUUCGAAGUCAUGUUUUCCAACUGCUAUCUUUAUAACAAGCCGACGGACGAUGUGACCUUGAUGUGUCAGGCGGUCGAGUCGGCAUUCAAGGAUCUGGUCAAGAAGAUGAACUCUGAUCCGACGCUUAGAAGCGAAUUGGAGGCCGAACCGCCGCACCCACCCAAGUCGACGAAAAAGUCUAAGGGGCCGGGAAAGAAGCAGCGUCCACCGGCGGCGAGGAAGGAGCCCGCGGAAAAGAACAACGCGACUCAGAACUCUGACGAAGCAAUCACUUCUAGGCUUGGCUCGAGUAGCUCGAGCAGCAACGCUCGGGAAAACUUCCAGGCCGCCAACAAACGCCGCGGCGUGAAGAGACCCAGUGGCACUCCUGUCGACACUGAUGGUUCACUUUGCUCCGAGCCGGACAAUAAGAAGCCAAAGAAGAGGAGAAGAUGGAUCUCCGGCGCAAAGGGUGUCAUCGAUGCGCUUUUUGCACCGGAGCAUCAAAGUAUAGCAUAUCUGUUCUAUGAACCCGUAGAUUAUAAAAAACUGAAACUCCCGGACUACCCAAAAAUCAUCACCGAACCGAUGGACAUGGGCACGAUACGGCAGAAAUUGAUCGACGGCAAGUACAACACUCCCGCGGAAGUCGAAAAGGACAUGGAACUGAUGUUUCACAACUGCUAUCGCUACAAUCCGCCGCAAAAUGCCGUCGUCAAAUGUGCCAAAAAGCUUGACAAUGUGUUUCACAAAAAGUGGGGCAUUUAUUUGAAAACUAUAGAAGACCAAGAAGAGGAGGAAAUCGAGCAGGCUGCACGAGAAGAAAAGGGCCAGACGGAAGUCAAGUCCGAAGCAGAAUCGGACGGAGGAGAAUCCGGCUCUGAGGGCGACAACGAAGAGGAAGACGAGGAAGGCGAAGAAGAAGAAGAGGAGGAAGAAGAAGUUUUCGAUGAUGAAAACGAAAAUUCUAACGCAGCGAGCGAGCGCUCCGGCCACUCGACUAAAUCAGGGAAACGACCAAAGCCAACGUCGGAGGAGGAGAUGGACGAGGAACUCGAUUACAUUAGCGAACGAUUGACGGAAAUUCUCAAUGAAGUUGCGGAUUUGACCGAAAGACAGCAAAAACUGCUGAUAUCGCACCAAAGAAAACACAACAAGCAAGUAAGGAGGGAUGAAACGUCGAGGAGUGGUAGAGUCCGCAAGCCCACGGAAGCAGAGCUCCUGCAUCGGGAACAGACAAAGAAUCCUCCGAGAGUCCUAGAGCAACCUCCUCAACCAGUAAUCCCCAAGCAGCGAAAUCCAAGUGCCAAGAAGGCGACGAAGCUCCAGCAUCGAGUCCCGGAAGCUGCUUCCUCGUCGAAAGCGAUUAAAGAGGAGACUGUCGAGCCCGAGAAUCCAGAAGAGAAGGAGAAGAUGACAUACGACGAAAAACGAAAACUAUCACUAAAUAUAAACCGCUUGCCCAAAGAAAAACUGCGCAAAGUUGUCACCAUCAUCCAGAAGCACGAGCCGAAUCUGAAGGAUACCAAACCCGACGAAAUUGAAAUUGAUUUCGAAACGCUAAGACCUGUUACUCUCCGUGCUCUAGAAUCGUUUGUCAAACGAGUUCUUCGUGAGUCACGUGAUUCCCGCCCUUCCAAGAGUCGGCAACUUGCUAAAGACUUGGAAGAAAAAAUCAUCAGAAAUCAGCAGCAAGUUGCCCAGCUCGACAAGGAACUUGGAAUCAAGCCGAGAGCAAACAACAAACGAAAUCUCGACAAUUCGGUUCAGUCGUCCUCGAGUUCUUCCGAUUCCAGUUCAAGCGAGUCCGGAUCCGAUUCCAGUGACUCUGAGACGGAAACUGAGCAAGAAGAAACGACGCAGAAGCCAAAAGGCCCCAGUCUCUCGCCAAUCAACGAGGCUGAGCGAAAGAAGUCGCCAAAGACGGAAGUCGUUGAACCAAAAGUCGAGCGUCUAACUCCGCCCAGUACUGCGGAAUCCACGGCGCAGCAGAAUGGGCACGCAAAGAGACCCGAGGCGAGUGUCUCGCUAAAGGAGUCGACGCCUCUUGAUGCUGAUGCUCGAUUGAGCGAAGAUGAUGAAGCAGCAUCCGUUCUGCCUCCGACAAUCAAGUCCGAAAUUGCCAAGUCGCCGAAAGAGCAACAGAUCUCGAGCGACGCGACAAACGGUGGCUCCUCCUCGCAGCCUACAUUCGCAAAGCCGAUCAACAACAACACGACGGAAAAAGGAUCGUCGCGGCCUGUCAAAGGAUCAACGCCAGAAAGAAAAGGCAGCGCAUGGAGUUUCGGCAGUCCAACAGACCCCAGCCCAGAAAAGAAACUAAGCGUGUCUGAUGACAACCGAACAUUGAACGAGUUCAAACUCCUGGCCGACCAGAAAAGGAGGCGAGAAGAGAUUCUCAAAAAGGAUGUUCCUGAUGCCAAAAGUUCUCCGCCGCCAACUGAUAAUGUCCUCUCAGCUAUCCUUGGCGAGCCAUCAAUUCAAAGCCAUGUGCCACCAAAGGGUCCCAUUCUUGGAUUACCGGAGGAAGAUGAUGAAGAACAAAAACGUAAGAGACACGAGGCUCGCGAGGCCGCUAAACGAAGCAGGCACAAGGCCAAGCCAAUCUUUGACCUAAACGACGCGGGAGAUCUCAUGAGCGAGUUCGAAGAGAACGUAAAUGGAUACAGAUGCAAGAUGAGCGGGCCCGCUCCUCCGGGAAACCCUUUCGGAGAAGAUGAGGACGACAGAGCAGGAAACCCAUUCAACGAUUCUGCUGCUACUCAAGACUCUCUUGACGAAAACAAUCCGUUCAGAGAGGUAGACGAGGACGAGGAAGACGAUGAGGAAGUCGAUAUUGUCAUCCCAAGCCUCGAUGACAACCUCAAUAAUGUGAUUUCGAAUCCGUUUGAGGAAAAAGAAAAACCCGCUCCUACUCUGAUCAAAGCGCCUACAGAGGAGAUCGAGCAAGUAAUUGAAAAUGUGAAUCUGACGUAUCGAGCGAGAACAGACGCCGCUGUCAUUGCUUCUCUCGACAACGAGAUCUUCGAACUGAGCGAGCAUGAAAUCAAAUUGAAAUUGCUGCGAGAGUUCGAAGGAGAGGACGAAAAAGUCUCAUUUGAGCGAAUCCAGAUAAUGAAGAACCAGCUCAAAUCGAUCACCAACACUUUGAAUCAAACAAUCCAAAAGAACGAGAAAGCCUAUGUCCAGCACCAGUCAGAAAUUGACAACAUCAACAAUCUCCUCAAAUCAGCGAUGAUGCACGCGUACGAGACGCGGAAAAAAGUCUCCGCGAUGAAGAAUAAGAGCCGUUCCCCGUUGCUCAUAGUUUCAAAGCAAAAAAGUCUAAAGAACGCGCGCGCAGCUCGAGAGAUCUUGUACGGUAUCAAGACUCUGAUCCAGCUAGAAGCGACGCUCAACGAUUUCCUACGCACCUCCGACUUCACCCAAGCGAUCAAGUUGAUGCUCAACUGUCGCGACAUAGCUGAAUCGUACAAGCAGUUUCCGUGUUGUUUCAAGCUCUCGACGCGCUUCACGAACACUUCCGAAACUGCCAUCGCUAAUCUGUGCAAUACACUCACCCUCUUCGCCAGCAUCGUCUGGCAAAUUCUCUCCUCUUACACCUCCAUCCAGAGCUAUUACAGAAAGGCGGACACUGCAGUGCGCGAUCUCGCCUUUUCAAAGCUCUCGCAGCGGAAAAGUGCGAUUUGGGAACUGGUGCAGAAGAAUUGCUGCACUCUCAUACGCGUUAACAAUUUGUCAAACACAGAUUAUACCACUCUUCUUCACAUACUCACCAUCGUUAAGCGAUUGACGGAAGUCGGAUAUGAAUUCUGCCAAAGUGACUCUAAUGCUCUUCAGGACUCGCUAAAAGAGUCUGCAUCAAUGUUUUUCACCGAGUUUCACAAUCGCAAGGUCGAGGAACUCCUACUCUUCCUCACUCAAGAAUCGUGGGAGCCAUGCCCCCUGCGGCAGAACUUCGAGUUUACGCAACUCAAAGAAUUUGAAUUUCUGAAAAAACGGAUCUCCAAAGGACGUUCCAAAACCGGCUCCGGGACUGGAUCAAGCAGCUCUAAAAAGUAUCUUUGCUCAAGAAACGACCCGUUUGACAGAGAAUCCAUCGCCAAGGGCAUCGAAAACGCUCAUGAUGAUGAAGAUUUGGACGUUUGCUCAGAUGAAGAAGAUGAAGAUCCAGAUCUCCUCGCCGAUGUUGUCAUAGAAGAUGAAGACGAUAGGCCAGUUAUGGAAACAUCGAAAAAUGGAAACUUUUCAAUUACAAUGACGAAUACAGCGAUGACUGUCCUUCGCCUCUGCGGGCAAUACAUUCAGAUGGCUGAUGUACUCCACCCCGUUGGUGUACAAGUGAUCCAGGGAAUCACUGUUCUUUACGAAGUCUACCUCUGGAGCGUCCACAGAUUCUUCACCAACCGGGAGCGAUUCAAAACUGGCGUUCUUGGAAUGACAGAGGGCAACUUCUUGCAGAUGAUCGGCGGCGAUAGUGGGAACGUUGACUUCUCUGCCGAGAACUUCUGGGGCCUUGGAAACAGAAUCGUCGCCGUCGAGUCAGUUCGUAACUUAGCGAAAGAGUUCACCAAGUUGAAAAGCCACUUGGAGUCGUAUAUUCCUGAAAACAGAAUGAUGAUACUCACGCGUUUCUAUACGAACAGCAUCAAAGCCGUUCCGCAAGAGAUCACAACGAUGACGUUGUCUCCUUUCUGCAACGAUGUAUUGGAAACGAGCGAAAUCUUCAGUGAUAUCGCCGCAACGAAAUGGGAUACAUCGACAAUUUCCGAUGUUUCUAGCAAAUAUGUGGAUCGUCUUGCUCGCCAAAUGGAAAAAAUAAAACGAACUAUUCAAAGAAUAGGUCGCAAUCUUCGUAUCUCCAGUCAGUUAUACGAAAUAAUAUGGGUGGAAGUAGCUCGAGCGAUCGGCGUUGUCCUCGUUGAAGGAUACUCCCAAAUCAGCAAGAUGUCUGCAGAAGGGCGUGCACAGAUGAACUUCGACUAUCAUCAAUGCCUUCAUAGAUUGGAGCUAAUUUCUGGAGUCAAAUCUCCUCCUGCGAUCCGAACGUACACCGAAACUUUUAUACGAGCGUUUUACUUGACAGAAGAUGAGCUAAACAGCUUUGUGGAGAGUGAUAAAAUGUUUGGUGCCAAGACCCUGCAAGCUCUCGUCCGCCAAUCUGGAGCAAGUCUUUCGCAGAAAAAUCGAGCUCGGCUGAUACAAAUAAUCGAACGAAACAAAACCUCAUCUCGUACUGGCCUAUCAUAA